AUGGGCUCCAUAGCUCCUUCAAGUGAAUACGUCGUUGCCGACAGAUAUAUCGGCGAAGCCAAACCAAUCAAGAUCAUCGUCAUCGGUGCAGGCAUCUCUGGUAUCGCAUUCGCAUACAAGAUCAAAGCACUUGAAAAUGUCGACUUCGUGAUCUAUGAAAAGAACGCUGAUGUUGGUGGUACUUGGUUGGAAUCGCGGUAUCCUGGGUGCUCAUGUGAUAUCCCUGCACAUUCAUAUAGUUAUCCCUGGGUGAAUAAUCCGAACUGGUCCCAAGUAUAUGCGGGUGCUGAGGAAAUUUGGGAUUUCUAUCGUGGACAGGCGAAGGAAUAUGGCGUAUACGAAAAAGCAAAGUUCGAGCACCAGGUUGUUGGAGCGGAGUGGAGAGAUGACGAAGGUAAAUGGAGGGUGGAAGUGAAAAAUCUCAAAACGGGUGAGGUUGUUGUUGACUCUGCGGAGGUCUUGAUUAACUGCGGUGGAGCGCUGAAUAACUGGAAAUGGCCUGAUAUUCCGGGCCUCCACUCCUUCGAGGGAAAGCUCGUACACACUGCUCGCUGGCCUCAAGAUCUGGAUGUGACUGGAAAGCGCGUGGCAGUUGUCGGUGCAGGGUCUUCAGCAAUCCAGGUCAUCCCUGCUAUUCAACCGCUUGUGAAGUCACUUACUUCGUUUAUCCGUUCGCCGACAUGGAUCGCACCGCAAUUCUUGGGACAACUUGCAAAGGAUGGACGAGGAACGAGAUACACAGAAGAACAACAGGAAGAAUUCCGUCGAAAUCCGGAUAAACUACUACAGUACCGUCGAGAGAUUGACCAUGCUCUCAACUCACGGUUCCCUAAUUUCUACAAAGACUCUAACGAGCAGAAAAUGGCGAGGACACUUGUUGAGAGUGGUAUGAGGGAGAAACUCGCUGCGAUGGAUCCCAAACUUCGGGAAUCACUCAUUCCAGACUUUGACGUUGGCUGUCGACGUGUUACACCCGGUGAAGGAUACCUCGAAGCUCUCCAAGCAGACAACGUUCAAGUUGUGCGAAGCCCCAUCCAAUCUAUCAACAAAGAUGGCUUCGUGAUGGCCGACGGCACCACACAUUCUGUCGAUAUUAUCGUUGCAGCAACAGGAUACGACACGUCAUAUGUCCCACCAUUCCCACUCAUUGGCCGCAACGGGGUAAAUUUACAAGAAAGAUGGACGAAGACCGGCGCAGAUGCCUACCUCACAUGCGCCGUCCCCGAUAUGCCAAAUUACUUCAUGGUUGUCGGCCCAAAUUCACCCAUCUCAAAUGGAUCCCUGAUGCCCGCCAUCGAAACACAACUCGAAUUCGCACUGAGUUUCGCAAAGAAAAUCCAGUGCCAGGGUAUCAAGUCAGUGGUAGUGAGCGCCAAAGCGACUGCCGAUUUUAUCGAGCACAAAGACGCAGUUAUGCAGAACCUGACUUUCUCUGGAAGCUGCAACAGCUGGUAUAAGGGUGGUACUUCUAAUGGGAAGAUCAUCGGUGUAUGGCCCGGAUCACUUAACCACUUUAUGGAGUGUCUUAAGGAACCCCGGUUGCAGGACUUUGAGUUCACUUACCACACUGCUAACAGAUUUGCAUUUGCUGGGAAGGGGCUUUCGCUUCUUGAGAAGCAGAAUGGUCAGUUGGGAUGGUAUAUCAGAGCGAAACUAGCUUAA